AGACAGAGGAUCUGCUUUCUCCGUGCCAAGUCAUAGGACGACUCUGCUCCUUUCUAUGGACGGACGGGCAAUGGCUGCCAAUGGAAAUUCGCCUCGCUCAGAGAGCAGCAGACGACCAACAAAGCACUCUCGCAACAGGCUCUCCAUGCACAACACCAACCACGGCGACUACUUCUGUGUCUGCUGUCGGCUCCCCACUAGUUUUCUCCAGCAGCAGCCGUACUUUUGCCAAACUCUGUCCUGACUCUCUCUCUCCUCGUUCCCGGGACUGAACCAAGGAAUCUGCAGACUGUCUUCUCUCACUCAAGUUCCAAGUACGUCGGUUUUCAUGUUAUCUGCAGAGUUCAAUUUAUUCCAUGGCACCAACGGUACGAAAACCAGCUCAGCUCAAACUCACUCUGCACGACACGUUUUUAUCAAUUAGCUUGAGUGCUUGGGUUUGAAAUCGGUCUGAUGAACCUCAGUCAGUUGGAUACUCUUAAUUAUUGUGGUGCAUCGGUGGACGUGUGGUGAAAUUAUUUAAAUCGCUAUCAAUUGCAUUAUAUACAUGCAUACAUACCGCUCCACAGAAAGCUGAUUGGCUUUCACUAGUAAAACUGCCGGCUUUUAAAUAAUAUUUUGAUAUAUACCUUUAAUAAUAGUUGUUCUGUAAAUAAUUAACCUGCAAUAUCACGUUGUUGAGACUGGGUUGGCUGACGAGAUAUGAACUAAGGAAAUAUGUGUACCAAAGCUUUCACCGUUUCUCCGAUUGAGCAAAGAAGUUUGUUUUAGUGGCAUACUUGUGUGAAACAUGUGAAAUUCGAAAUAACCCAUUUACUUUUUGGGUUACAACAAUUUCGGUGUUGGAACGCAGACUUGCGGAGGAUUCCCGUUUUUAAUAAAGGACGCCGAGGAAAAACGUGCUGGACAGACUCCAAGAAGAAAAAAGAGCCCGAAGAAACCAUCACAUUACAUCACCACCAUGCAUGCUGCUGCUGUUUCUACUACGACUACGUCUCCUGCUUCUGCCGUUGAGAGGGUUACAUUGAGAAAUAAACAAUAUUGAAUUCAUGGGAAUGAAAGCCUGCAAAGAAAGUGGUGCAGCCAAAUAGUUGAGCUCCAGAGCUAGUGAAAGGAUACACACUGCGUUGCUGUAUUCAAUCUCAUGAGGAUUUCCUGCCUGGUUUACAAAUUUUGUCGGUAGUCGAAAAUCCAACUAGCGAACUCUGUGAUAAUGAUUCCAUCAGACUCCACCGCUUUUCAACGUGUCCGAUGCCAUCAAGAUGAUGCGGACACGAGGACAAGAAGUCGCUUCAAAACAACGACAUCGACUCGUCUGUUAUCGUCACCUGCGAUCAAUUUCAGUCGUUAUUGCCAUCCAGGGACUAUAUGUGUCAGACGAUUUAAUGGCUAUAUUUUCCUUCUUCUCGUACUUCUAAACUUGUGCCCAAUUCGAGCUAAUCCUGAUGCAAAAAGACUUUAUGACGAUCUGCUCAGCAAUUACAAUCGGCUCAUACGACCCGUGUACAAUAACACGGACACCGUGCUGGUCCGGCUGGGUCUUCGUCUCUCUCAACUUUUAGAUUUGGAUUUGAAGAACCAGAUUAUGACCACCAACGUAUGGCUUGACCAAUCUUGGUUCGAUAAUAAGUUUAUCUGGGAUCCUAAAGAGUACGGAGGUGUAACGGAGCUUUAUGUCCCAUCGGAACACAUUUGGCUUCCAGAUAUCGUUCUGUAUAACAAUGCCGACGGCGACUAUAUUGUCACAACGAUGACAAAAGCUGUGCUUCAUAGUGAUGGAGUAGUGACUUGGAAACCUCCUGCUAUUUUCAAGUCGUCUUGUGAAAUAGAUGUCCGUUAUUUUCCAUACGAUAUGCAACAGUGCUUUAUGAAGUUUGGAAGUUGGACAUAUGAUGGGUUUCAGAUUGACUUAAAGCACAUAAAUCAAGAGCCUGGUAACGAAGGCAUCGUGGACAUGGGAAUUAACUUAUUGGAGUUUUAUCCAUCUGUGGAAUGGGAUAUUCUGUCAGUUCCUGCUGAGAGGCAUGAGCGUUUUUACCCAUGUUGUGAGGAGCCAUAUCCGGACAUAUUUUUCAACAUCACUCUUCGUCGGCGUACAUUGUUCUACACAGUUAAUCUUAUUAUUCCCGUGAUUGGUAUCUCAUAUCUCUCAAUCCUUGUUUUCUACUUGCCAGCCGACUCUGGAGAAAAAAUCGCUUUGUGUAUAUCGAUACUCCUCUCACAAACUAUGUUUUUCCUCCUCAUAUCCGAAAUUAUUCCCUCAACAUCUCUAGCAAUACCUCUGCUUGGAAAAUACUUAUUAUUUUCUACGUUCCUUGUGGGGUUAUCUGUGACCGUCACGACGAUUAUUCUAAAUGUUCAUUACCGGAAACCAUCAACACAUAGAAUGACACCAUGGGUCCGCCAUGUCUUCAUUCGAAUCCUUCCAAAAUUUUUGCUCAUGAGGGUUCCCGAGCACGUUCUCAACUGUUCUGCUGGCCCUUCAGCUCGAACAAGUCCCAGCAGCAGCAGAGAUGAUGGGUGCAAUGGAUUUCAAGGAGUUUCUCGACUAAGCGGAUUAAGUUUACAGGGAUUCUCAGGAUUUUUGGAGCAAGGGGCCCUCGAGUACCCAGGCCCAGCAUCGUCAUCCUACGGGUUUGGUGGACUCGAGCCAGACAACCCUAGAAAGAAACUUCCCUUUGAAAUACAGAAAGCCAUCCAUAAUGUUCAAUUUAUUCAAACUCACAUGCAGCGCCAGGACGAAUUUGACUCGGAAGAUCAAGAUUGGGGGUUCGUGGCGAUGGUGCUUGACAGAAUCUUUCUCUUACUAUUCAACACUGCCUUUUUCAUCGGGACGACUUGGAUUCUUCUUGAGGCGCCGGCAUUGUACGACUACAGUGAGGCAAUUGACAAGGUCAUAUCCACGAUAGCAAAAAAACAAUAUUCACAAGAACAGCUGGGUAUCUGAUUAAUUAUUCAUAACUUAUGUUUUGACUGCUAUUUUGAAAAUUGAUCGAGUAUACAGCCAAUGUUCAUAAUUGUGUGUGUAUCGCUAGUAUUUUUGGUUGUAGUAAUUUUUUUGUUUUAUUAUCAAAAUACUAUGAAAUCUUACGAAAGACUGACGGGCAGUAUGUAUUGUAUUAAUUAUAUGUAUCAGAUGCUUGAUAAAGUUCACCAAAGUAACUUCAAAUUUUCAAAUGUGAAAAUUGUAACGACAUGUUUUUACCAUAAUGUGAAUUUCAUCAUGAACUUUUACCACACCCAUUCUCCACAGAAGCAGUAUUAUCAUCAUCACUAUCAUCAUCAUCGUCAGUCUCCUAAACAUGUAGGUACCCAUAUGAACCAGUUACGUAAUCCCUUCCGAGUUUGCAAACUCUAACUCUGAAACAUUUGCCAAUAAAUAUUCUACCACUGAUCGUGAGAUAGACGAUGAAUGAUAAAUCAAAUGUCCCCAUACGUCAUAAAUACACACACUCUGUAAACCUCUUAUUAAAUGUAAGGACUAUACAAAAAACUAAAUAGACAAUCGCAAUCCAAAUGGGUUUAUUACAUAACAAACCACUACUUACUAAAAUUUAUGUAUGGAGCCAUGCUACAUAUAAGCGAGAACAUACUAGUAAAAUAAUUACAAUUACUCAUACUUAUGCUUUGCAGAGUUUUAAACAAAGUUUGAUAAAAUGUGAUUAUUUAUGUGCCAAUGACAGGACUCUGUUCUUUACAUUAGAUCACAUUUCGUGAGUCAAUUGUUUAUUGCACACUUUAGAGUAAAAAACAAACAAAAUCUUAAUGACAUCUGAGCUUUUACCUAAUUUACUUUGUCCGUUCAUCAAUGCAAUAUCCUCAUUUAUUUAAGAGUACGUUAGAAUGAAAUUGUGUCAAAUAAAUAUUUGUACCUUUAGAGAUAAUAACAAGACAGACGUUUAAGGAGGAGCUACAUAUAUAAAACGCGUUGGUGGAAUAUUUGCCCACGUUUUUAUGAAUACUUAAGUAAAUGUGUGUGUGUGUCUAAAUGUGUGUGAAAAAUGGAAUGCAUAAUAAAAUAGAUAAGUUCAUAACUUGUCAAUUAUGACUGAACAAUAAGUUAUUAAUUUAUUAUUACUUGUUUGUUAUGUCAUUUGGUAAAGAUAACAUAUUUCAAGGCAUUUCCUAUCAUGAUUAUUUCUAAUGGAUAUGUGUAUUUAUACGUACAUAUACACAUGGAGGUUUAAUACAUAGUAACCUGUAACCCUAUGUAUGUGUGUAUCUAUUCAAUAAAACUAAUCACAAGAUAAAUUUGUAACCUAAGUUCUUCUAUGACAUUUCCAGAUAAAGUGGAUGUCUAUGAAUAUGUGCUCAAUAAAACUAUGUAUAUUAAAAAUAA